AUGGCUAACGCACGAACAUUGAGGGAGUUGGCUGCUCCUAACUUAAAUCAGCAGCCUUUGUGCAUCACAGUCCCAAAUUUGGAUAACAGCACUCCAUUUGAAUUAAAAUCUGGCCUUAUUCAACUCUUACCUUCUUUUCAUGGUUUACCAGGUGAGGAGCCGUAUAAACAUCUGCAGGAGUUUGAUGUUGUGUGCAAUAGUAUGAAACCCCCGGGGAUCACAGAAGAGCAAAUAAAAAUGCGGGCAUUCCCUUUCUCAUUGAAAGACUCUGCGAAGGACUGGCUGUACUACCUGCCACCAGGCAGCAUUACCACGUGGGAUCAGUUGCAGAAAAAAUUUCUGGAAAAAUAUUUUCCUGCAUCCAAGGCUGCAAGUUUAAGGAAAGAAAUUUGCGGGAUCAAGCAGUACCCAGGGGAGUCGCUGUAUGAGUACUGGGAGCGAUUCAAGAGGUUGUGUAGUAAGUGCCCCCAACACCAGAUAAGUGAGCAGUUACUCAUACAGUAUUUUUAUGAGGGGCUCCUCUUCAGAGAUAGGAGCAUAAUUGAUGCUGCAAGUGGAGGGGCACUAGUGAACAAAACCCCUCAGGAAGCACGGGAAUUAAUAGAAGGGAUGGCAGAAAAUUCACAACAAUUCAGUACGAGAGAGGAUGUCCCAAUACGCAAGGUGAAUGAGAUAGAGACAUCCUCUAUCCAGCAGCAGCUAAAUGAGUUGACCUCAGUUGUUAGGCAAUUGGUGGUAGGGAAUGCAUCUCAGGCCAAGGUGUGCGGGGUUUGCACUGGUAUGGGUCACACUGCAGACAUGUGCCCAAUGAUUCAGGAAGAAACUGCAGAACAGGUGAACAUGGCUGGCCACGCGCCAGCGCCAAGAAGGCCCUAUGACCCUUACUCAAGCACUUACAACUCCGGGUGGAGAGAUCACCCCAACCUCAGUUAUGGAGGAAAUAAGUAG